AAGAUAUGGCAGAAAGUAACCUGGCUGAUAAGAGGCCAAAUCAUUUUAUGUUCGUCGUGCUUGCCGCAUGGUCUCUUCAUUGUUCACCAGCAACUAAACAGCGAAAAGGAUGGCAGGCAUGGACGACAUCUUCACCCACUUAGGUCCAUGGCACUACCCAGUCAUCAUCUUCUGCUUUCUGCGUGGCUUGCCAACAGCAUAUCACAUCAUGGCUCCAACGUUCAUUGCUCCGACCUUAGAACACUGGUGCGCCAAACCCCCACAACUGAAGAACUGGACCGACGAAGAGUGGAUGCAGCAUGGAAUUCCACACACGGGGGGAGGAACUGGAAGUCAGGUGCUAAGCCGGUGCGAAAUGUUCGGUCUGGAAGAAGCGGAGGACGGUUCCUAUCGAAUACUGAACGACACAAGGCUGCCUUGCUCCAGUUGGCACUAUGAGAUGGGAGACAACAUCAAUACACUCACCAACGAGUUUGACUUGGUGUGUGACCGCGUAUGGCUCAGAGCUGCAUCGCAGAGUAUUUUUAUGGUGGGAAUCAUGGUUGGAAAUAUAAUAUUUUCACAUCUCUCGGAUUGGUACGGUCGGAAAAGGGCAUUGCUUUUUGCUUUACCUUUGCCAAUCGCAUGCGGCGUUCUAACUGCCUUCUCUCCGAGCUACCUUGUCUACAACCUGGGACGCUUUGCCGCGUCCAUUGGAAUAGGAGGCCUACAGAACAGCACGUUUACACUGAUGAUUGAAGUCAUCGCCGCACGGCAUAGAGCGGUGGCCACUCUGAUCUACAGUGCUGGAUGGACUACGGGCCUGAUGACACUAACUGCUUUUGCGUGGUACAUCAGGAACUGGAUGCACCUUCAGCUCGUCAUCUCUCUCUUUUACAUCAUCCACAUUUUUGUCUUGUUUUUUCUGCCUGAAUCUCCUCGGUGGUUGCUAGCUACGAGAAACUACGGGAAAGCGGACAAAAUCCUUAAGUCAGCCAUUAGAAAGAACAAAGUAAAGGAUGUCGACGUGGGCGACCUGAUAAAAAGCUUCGAAGAAAAAAUGGAACAGGAAAAAAUGUCUACAAAACCAACUUUCGUUGAUCUGUUUCGUUACCGAUGUAUUCGAAGAACGACAUAUGUGAAAGCUGCUAUGGGGAUUCUCAGCACACUGCUUUACUACAACCUCACAUACUCCAUCAUUCUCGUGGGUUCCAACCCGUUUGCGAGUUUCGCCCUCAUGGGCGCCAUGGAGUAUCCCGUGAAAAUUGUCUCUCUGUUCUUUGUCAACUACCUAAAGAGAAGAACAUCGUACGGUGUACUGUACAGUUACGCCUUCAUCUGCUCCUUGGCCGCCAUCUUUCUUCCAAGAGAUCCCUGGUGGCUGCAGCUGAUAUUUGUGCUUCAGGUGAAGCUUGGGUCAUCCUGCGCCUCCACAGUACUCUUUGUUCAGCGCUCCGAGCUCUAUCCGACGAAGGUCAGGACUCUGGCAACAGGCUUCAUGAUUAUGGCAUCCAGGGUCGGCGCCAUGACAGCUCCGUUCACAAAGGAAUUGGGUGUGAUCAUCGGACCAUGGGCUCCCAGGGCCGUGGAUUGUUACAUCUGCCUAAGCCUUCUAGUGUUGGGGCUCCUACUCCCAGAGACUUUCAAGCUCCCUCUUCCUGAUAACAUUGAGGAUAUCAAGAGCAGAAGCCGCAAGUCAACUACCCCGGAAGCCGUGACGAUGCUGCGGAAUGGGCACUUCCCAGGACCUGAGAAUGAACAUCAAAUAACGCGGGAAAAUUAAAUGGCCUUUAUUCACUGAAAAAGAAGUGUGCUACAAACGAAGUGUAUGUUUGCUUUUGUCUUCCCCAGAUACGGUAUCACAUUUAACUAUUUUUUUUUUUUUUGACGUGUACAUUUUUAGCUGAGGUACCAACGAAAAUUCAGGAGAAGCAGACCGUUCGGUUUAUGAAUCGCAAUAAGUUCCGAGGUACCAGGUAAUACUAGGGCUGGGCGUCGAUUAAACAUUUUGGUCCAAUUAAUCGCCACCUUUUAAUCGAUUAAUUAGCCAAUUAAUCCUGUUUUGUUCAUAUAUAUGCAUAAUAAUAUUAAACAAAGCAAAAAUACAUGUUUUGCCUUUGCGGUGCAUGUGAUAAACGGCAAAUUGGACAAUUUCAGAUUAUAAAUCUACCUUGAUGUGUAGUUGAGAGUAGUGAAAAGACCUCCCUUACGAAAUAUUACUUCAGCCGCAGAGACAGAGAGGUUCGUUGAUAUUCUCCCGCAAUAGCGAACUCGUUUGAUUCUUUAUAGUCUAUGCUACGCUAAACGGACUCUCACACGGCGUUGAAGUGACUGGGACACAUAUAACAUCCACUUUUUUGGAAUUACAAAUUUCGCAUCUAAAGUUUACUUUUGCUCAAAACUUCACCUAAAGAAUUGCCUUAAUACAGUUUAACUGUGCGCGUUUGCUUGAUGAAAGGGUUACAGUUUUAACUUUUAUUUGUUUCUCAAAAUAUAAGAGAUUAACCGGUUAAAAAUGUAUAGCGAUUGAAGCGUUACUCGAUUAAUCGGUUGAUUAAUCGAUCAAGUGCCAGCCCGAGUUAAUACUACUAAUGAAGUGCAAGUAGCAGGACCAAAUACGCUCUUCGUGGCAACCUUGACCAUGUUUACCCUGCUCUUAGUGCCCUUCGCCUUGGAUGUGAUGUUUCUAACUGAUUAAUAAAUAAUAAUAAUGCAAAAA